AUGGCACUCUCGCAGCCGGCGGCUGCCCCGACGAACGGUCAUGUCUCAUCAUCAUCGCCGUCGACAUCCCCGGAGACAUUGAGCCCCGUCCUCGAGUCCCCGCAAACCGACGUCUUCAACGCCAGCUCCGUGGCGGAGAUCAAAGCCGCGCUGUCCCGCCUCCACAGCCAGGAAGCAUCUGUGACGGCCCGUCUAGAUGCAUUGGUGACUUCCCAAAAGGACUUGUCUCGCGAAUUGGGCAGAUUGGAUCUCAUGCGCGCACAUAUCGGCACCCAGACCAGCACAACCCGAUCAAUAAGCCAUGGCAUGCUCUCUAAUGCCGCGGGCACCGCCGACCGCAUCUCGAGCGCCGUACGACGACUGGACCUGGAACAGGAGAGGGUCAAGGCUACACUGGAGGUCGUGGAACAGGUUGCCGAGCUCAAAGCGUGUGCAUUGGGCGUGGCGGGGUCGAUGGGUGCGUCCCAGGACUGGGAGACGGCGGCCAGCUAUCUGCACCGCGCAGCACAGGUCCCGCUUACUGUGAUCAAUGGGGCCUUCGCGGCGGAGAUGGUUCCUACUGCUGAGGUGCCCGACCCGCCCAGUGUCACCCUGGACAAUGCGGCUGAAUCGCUGUGCGGGCUGUUCCUGCGGGAAUUCGACAAGGCUGUCAAGGAGAAUGACGGGGCCAAAAUUACCCGCUUCUUCAAGCUGUUCCCUCUCAUUGGCCGGUCCGAGGUUGGAUUGGAUGUGUAUGGUCGCUACGUCUGUCAGGGAGUAGCGGCGCGAGCACGCAGCAAUCUCAAUGCCGAUUAUGGGUCUCAGGCUAAAGAUGGCUUUUUCUAUGCUAAUGCCUUGACCAAGCUAUUCGAACAUAUCGCACAGAUUAUUGAUGGACACGGGGGGCUGGUGGAGCGGCACUAUGGCCCCCGGAAGAUGGGCCGAGUCAUUGAGCGCCUACAGGUUGAAGCCGAUGUGCAGGGUGGCAUCAUCCUCGACACGUGGAGCGAUGAACGGCAUGUGGACCGCAAGUUAAUGGAUAUUAAGUCCUACGCCUUUACGUUUCUGGUUCAGAGCUUCCUCCCGGCACAGCGGACAAGCCACCUGCCAGCCCCAGGCGCGAGUGCGGCAACUGAGGAUGAGGGUGUAGAUAUGAAAGAAAUCGACGGUAUACUAAAUGAGAUGGCCAUUAUGCUUUGCCGGUGGUCUCUCUACUGUCGAUUCCUGACGGAUACAUGCAAUCCCCCUGGUGACGACGAGACCGAGGAGGAUGACAGCCAAAGGUUUUCCAUGCCCAGUUUCUUGCAAGAGUCUUCUCUGGCACGCAAAGUCAACGACAAACUGAUCUCCCCGUUCAACGCCAUGACAACCUUUUUCUUCCGCCGCUCAGUUGAAAAGGCCUUCCAACUCGACGAGUCCCCGUCCGGCCUAACUCUAAACCUGCAACGCCCCCUCAAGGCGGACCCCCCACACAUCACCUCAGCGGUUGACGACAUAAUGUAUAUUGUCAAUAAAGUACUGCAACAAUCUAUCGCAACCUCCCAGGAAGCAGUCGUGACCAACGUCAUCCCGACGCUCUCCCGCGUCCUGGGCUCCGACUUCAUCGGCAUGACGCAGCGCAAAAUGCGCGACGAGUGCUACCCCCGCGCACCGGUACAAGGUGGCCAGCCUCCCGAACAAACCAUCAUUGCCUUCCUCGUGCAAAUCAACAACCUCGACCUCGGCAUCGACUACAUUCGCCGCAUCGUGCAGAACAAUACCGGCUCCAAGCAGCCUCUCCCCCCCGCGUCCGAAGGCACACCCGAUCAAUCUGCCCUAGCAACCGAGCACCUGCGCUCACUCUUCCCAGCGCCCUCCUCCGCGCAUCGCGUCGCGCAAACCCUCCAUUCCCUUGCCACCUCCUUCGAGGCCAAGGUCGCCGACCUCCUUUCGGACGGCAUCCAAGUUGUCUUCAACAACGUCAUCAAGCAUCGCCUGCGCCCACUACUCGCCGACGCCUUCCGCGACAUCGAAUACCAUCUCUCCGAUACCCCCGAUGCUGCACCCGCAUCGCACGAUGACUAUGACCCCGCAGACGGUAGCAAGGAGCUGGUCCGUCCGCGCUUCGCCUCCGGCUGGACGGAGCUCCUCCUACCGUUAGCCCGGAUUCUCACCGCGCCAGCUUUCGACCGCCUGCUCACCGUGACAAUCGCCUACUUCGCGCGGCUGCUCGAGAAGCGGCUCUGGUCGUACCAGGGGCGCGUGAACGCGCUCGGCGCGGCGCGGCUCGAGCGCGAUAUCGCGGGGCUGGUGAACGCUGCUGUGGACGUGGGGUAUGGAGCUGGAGCUGGGGCGCCGGGCCGGUACCGGCAUCGUGAGGCGUUUGCGCGCUGCGUGCAGAUGACGCUUAUCAUGGGCAUGGAUGAGGAUGAGUGGGAUGAGGUGCUGGGUGGUGGGGAGGCGGGUGAGGUUGUGGAGAAGUUGAGUCGCGAGGAAAGGGUGAGAGUCAGGGCUAUGGUUAGGCGGGUGUGA